AUGGGGCCCCCGGGCAAUAAGGGAUCAUGGGGCCCCUGUGUCCUCACCCACACUCAGAGCACACCCAAAAAAGCCUAUAAAAGGUACCAGGGGCAUUUCAUGGGGCCCCCUAUUGACCCCGGGCCCUCGGGCAGUGCCCGAAUGCUCGAAUGGUCAGUCCACUCCUGUUAUGAACUACUGCACCAUCAUGUACAUUCAUAUCCACAAGCAACAACACACUCUACAACAGUAAGUUAGGAGCAGGGGCGGACUAACAACUCAUGGGGCCCCUGGGCAAUAGGGGAUCAUGGGGCCCCUGUGUCCUCGCCCACACUCAAACCACACCCAAAAAAGCCUAUGAAAGGUACCAGGGGCAUCUCAUGGGGCCCCCUACUGACCCUGGGCCCUCUGGCAGUGCCCGAGUCCCUGAAUGGUCAGUCCACCCCUGGUUAGGA